UGAGUAGGCAUUUACAAAAAAAUAAAAAAACGUGUUAAUAAUAAUUUGAUGUUGUUCCAGUCGAAGUAAUAACUAUUUUUGGUAAAUGAAUGUAGAAGUUUCGUUUUAAAAAUUAUCUGUUGGUAAAAAGACAGGACAAAAAUUAGGAAAGUGUAUGUAGAAAACGGCUAAGAGCAAAAUUAUUGUAAAUGUUAAUUCCGGCCACCUACAAAGCUAACAACGAACCGGCGCCCAGAGGAGUCUCCCCCAUCGGGCAAGAGGAGGCCGAGUCGAUGGGGAAGCAAUCGGAGGCGGAUAACACAAGCGGCAAGACUCUGAAAAAGAACAGUUACAUAAGUGUCCACUCCAAAAGUUUAACACCGAGCGACGCCACUAAAAUCAACUGUGUGGAAGAGGAUGAAGAAUUGGCGCUCAGCGAUGGCGAGCAGUUUGGCUUAGUGGACGAUGAGGACGAUGAUGAGGAGGAGGAGCAGCAUCAGCACCAGCAGCAGCAGCAACAGCAUCAUGAGCGUACGACCAACAGGCGCAUCGGACCGCAGGGCGAUGAGAUGGGAGCCAAGCUGAAGCUGGAGCUAACCAAGUACAAGCAGGAGCUCAAGGAGUACAACGAGACGACCAAGGACCUAGAGAAAAAGUACAUGAAGAUUAACUAUGAACUGAGCGAAAUGCAGCAGAAGCAUGGCCAGUUUGUGGUCAGGCGCAGUACGAGUCCUGAAAUGGAGACUCCAAGCGAAGCGGAUGUUGAUGGGGUCUUGCUAGAUAGAUAUUGUCCAUCCUCCACCAGCAUAGGCUCCGACCUGACGGUUAAGGGUCGCAACGGUCAGAAUGUAUUCAGCAGCAACAGCAGCUUUAUGACUGUGCUGGCUGCGCCCAGUUCCACUGGAACAAUGCAGGCGGCGCCGUCGUCGUCGCUGGCUAAGCGUAAAGGUAAUCGCCAUCAGUCGAAAGUAAGGAGCCAGCAGUUGACUACAGGUGCUUAUGAGCAGAAGGUAGUAGCAUCGCGUGACCACACACGACGCGGCUUGCGAACAGCCUCGGAGGGGCAGGAGAACGACCCAUCGUUAGAGGACAUGUACAAUGUGCUCAAGGACGUGAUCAACACGCAGCAGGAUCACAAGAGCAAGUACGCCUACAAACAAGACAGCGGUGAGUUCAGUCAGCUGUAUACCACGAUCAAAGACCUGAAAAGCGAACAGGUACAAUAUCGCAGCAUUAUACGGCAUCAGCAGGAACGCAUCAGCGACUAUCACACGCGCUGCGUGAAGGCUCAGGAGAUAAUGAAGACGCAAAAGCAUGAGAUCGACAAGCUGCACGUGAACAACAAGCAGCUGGAGUCGAGCAUCUACAAUGACAUCGACACUCUGCGCUCCAAGAUCGACAGCAAGCUGAAGAGCGUUGCUCAGCUGCCGCAUCUGAUGCGCGAGGAGCACACCAAAUACGAGAAUGUGCUGCGCGAGAAUUGCCUGAUGGCUGAGAAGCUGCACUCGCUCCAGAAGGAGGCCACGCAGCUGAAGUGCAAGAUCGAUGAGCUGGGCAAGCGGAAGCUGAUCACGGUCAAUCGCUUGAAGGCAGCUGAGCGGGAUCUUAAGAUCUUUAAGAACUACAAUGCUGCGCUCAAGACGGAAAAGCAUCGCCUUGCCGAGGAGCUGACCACGACCAAGCUGCAGCUGGACACGCUGCAGGCGGCGGGUAAGCGGCAGCUGUCGCGGCAUCGUGAGCAAACGGAGAAACAGCGCCGAGAGCUGCAGAAGCGCAUUUUCGAUCUGGAACUGAAGCUCAGCCGCAGCCAGAACUCCACGUCGAGUCUCAUACAGGAGCGAGACAGUCUCAUUGCCGAGCUGCAGACACAGCUCCAUACGCUGGUCCACAACUUCGAGGUCUCUCAGAAGCAUAUACGUGUGCUUAGACGUCACAUCUACACCAUGACCUCUGGCGGCACCACCGGCGGUCCCGCUAGUGUCUCUCUCGCUGUGCCCUCCAGCAGCGUCAGUCCACAGCGCUCCUGCCCCACCAGCGAACAGGGCACGUCGCGAACGAAUACCCAGACCCGGCAAUCCAGCCCCUGCACCAUACGACUGGGCACUCCACGCACGCUAAAGGCCAGAACCUAGAGCAGGUCAGCCGGAGCUCUACUUAGCGGUUCAAGCGACUUGAAGAUAUGGCCAGGAUCAACCGUACGUUAUCUAUACAGAUCGCCGACUCCUGGGCCAUACCAUCAAGUUGCUUGCCACACGCUACUUUGGUAGACUUUAAUGGCAACUGUGCAACUCGCCUCGCAACAUUUUUAUUUGUGUCAUUUCUAUAGAUUUUAAUGAAAUUUUCGUGUAUAAA